CAUCCCUGCCUAUAUAGUCCCGCAUCAUUUUCCCCGUCGAUCCCGAUCAAUUGCCGCUCCGCUCUGUUUCGAUUUCCUUUCUCUUACGAGAGUUCUUCUCCCCACACACGCAUAGAGAGAGAGGUCGAGAGAGAGAUGGGGCUUCUGCGAUCGAGCUCAGUGGCGGGCGUGCAAGAAGGAGAUGAUGCGGGGAAAGUAGUACGAGCUCCGCAAGAUCACCAUCAGAAGGAGCUCGACGCUGGUGCUCUCUUCGUUCUCAAAUCUAAAGGGUCAUGGAUUCACUGCGGAUACCACUUGACCACGUCCAUCGUGGCACCGGCUCUUCUCAGCCUUCCCUAUGCUUUCGCCCUCCUGGGGUGGGCGGGCGGGAUCAUUUGCCUGGUCGUCGCAGCACUCGUGACCUUCUACUCCUACAACCUCAUAUCGCUCGUCCUGGAGCACCACGCCCAGAUGGGCCACCGGCAUCUUCGGUUCAGAGACAUGGCUCACGACAUCAUGGGGCCGAGAUGGGGGAAGUUUUUCGUCGGUCCGGUCCAAUUCAUGGUCUGCUACGGUGCUGUUGUUGGUUGCACUCUUCUGGGAGGAGAAUGCCUCAAGACGAUCUACUUGCUUUCGAAGCCGGACGGGACGAUGAAGCUCUACGAGUUCGUCAUAAUCUUCGGAUGCUUGAUGUUAUUCCUAGCUCAAAUGCCAUCCUUCCACUCCCUCAGGCACAUCAAUAUGGUGUCGUUGGUUUUGUCCCUUCUCUACAGCGCUUGCGCCACUGGCGGUUCCAUCUACAUUGGGCUUUCGUCCAAGGGGCCCGAGAGGGACUAUUCGUUGGUAGGGGACACUCCAGAUCGCAUCUUCGGCAUCUUCAAUGCCAUUGCCAUUAUCGCGACGACGUAUGGGAAUGGGAUUAUUCCUGAAAUUCAGGCCACGCUGGCGCCUCCGGUGACGGGGAAGAUGUUCAAGGGGCUGUGCGUGUGCUUCACCGUGGUCGUGGUCACUUUCUUCAGCGUCGCAAUCUCAGGUUAUUGGGCCUUCGGCAACCAAGCAGAAGGGCUCCUCCUCAGUAACUUCUUGGUCAACGGGAAGGCGCUGGUUCCGAAAUGGUUCAUUUUGAUGACCAACAUGUUCACCAUUCUUCAACUGUCAGCUGUUGGUGUAGUUUAUCUGCAGCCUACUAAUGAAGUUCUCGAGAAAACGUUUGCGGACCCCAAGAGCAGUGAAUUCUCUGCACGAAAUGUCAUACCUCGCCUGAUCUCUCGGUCGAUAUCCGUCGUUGCGGCAACGACACUAGCAGCGAUGCUCCCCUUCUUCGGGGACAUCAAUUCUCUGAUCGGAGCAUUCGGGUUCCUGCCUCUGGACUUCAUCUUGCCCGUGGUCUUCUACAACUUGACCUUCAAGCCCUCGAGACGGAGCCCCAUCUUCUGGCUGAACAUCACCAUUGCCGUGGUGUUCUCGACAGUGGCGGUCAUUGCAGCUGUUGCGGCGGUUAGGCAAAUAGCCCUCGACGCUGGCAAGUACCGUUUAUUUGCUAAUGUGUAAACAGAUGUAGUUUGUUCCCAAAAGCUGGUCCGAUCAUAUGAAUGCAGAUACUAGCCCCGCUUUAGUGAAACCAGGA